AUGCAGAAACGUAGACCAAAGAGCCUAUUGACGGAGCAAUGUUUUGAUUCUGCUCCAUGAACGCAGCUAGCUAAUUUGAAAUUGAAAUUGAAAUCUCAAUCUCAAUCUCCAGGCAGCUGAAUUGACAUGGUCGCAUUUAUGACAAACACAGAUCAGUCAAUUAAUUAUAUGCGAUCCAAUUCCAAUCUAUAAUCUUCAUCUUCAUCUUGAUCUUGAUCUUUGAAAGAAAUGUCCGCAUCUCAAUCCCUGGGAGGUCCUUCAAGAUGUGGCAGAGUCCUUGGUCCAUCACUUGACAAGAUCAUUAAGAAUGCCGCCUGGCGUAAGCACUCUCAACUUGUCUCCUCCUGCAAAUCCACCCUCGACAAACUUGAAUCCAUCUCCGACUCCUCCAAUUCUCAAUGCGAUCCUAAAUCCCCUCUUUUAGGUCUCUCCUCCUCAGAUGCCGAAUAUGUCCUUCAACCUCUAUAUCUCGCCCUUGACUCUGCUUACGCUAAGGUUGUUGAGCCUGCUCUUGAAUGCACCUUUAAACUCCUCUCUCUUGGUCUUGUCUGCGGCGAGAUCGAUAAUUCACAGCCCGUUGUUUUCAAUAUAAUUGAUGCCAUAUGUAAGUCCAGUGGCCUUGGCGAGGAGGCUAUCGAGUUGGGCGUGCUCAGAGUCCUGCUUUCUGCUGUAAGAUCCCCCUGCAUUCUCAUCCGGGGAGAUUCUUUGGUUCAGAUUGUUAGAACUUGUUAUAAUGUCUACCUAGGCGGGGUAAACGGAACUAAUCAGAUCUGUGCCAAGUCCGUUCUUGCCCAGAUCAUCACUAUUGUUUUCACCAGAGUCGAGGAAGACUCCAUGGAUGUUUCCAUUAAAAAGGUUUCUGUUAGUGAACUAUUGGAAUUCACAGAUAAGAAUUUAAACGAGGGUAAUUCCAUACAUUUUUGCCAAAAUUUGAUCAAUGAAGUCAUGGAGGCUACUCAGGGCCUUCCUCUCAAACCAUCUUCUCUCGAAAUAUCCAAACCCACCCCACCCUUGCCCCCCAAACCCUUGCCCAAAGAAGUAGAUGAAACCUCUACAGAUACUGAACCUGGACCUGAUGGAAGUAAAAUAAGGGAGGACGGUUUUCUUCUUUUUAAAAAUUUGUGCAAAUUGUCUAUGAAAUUCUCAUCUCAGCAGCACCCUGACGACCGGAUCCUCUUGAGAGGCAAAAUUUUGUCCUUGGAGCUCCUAAAGGUGGUCAUGGAUAAUGGCGGCUCCAUAUGGCGCGCCAAUGAAAGGUUUCUCAAUGGCAUCAAGCAGUAUCUUUGCUUGUCAUUAUUAAAGAACAGCGCUCUUUCAGCAAUGGCCAUUUUUCAGCUCCAGUGUUCCAUUUUCAUGAACUUGUUAUCAAAAUAUAGAUCAUGCUUGAAAAAAGAAAUCGGCAUGUUUUUUCCCAUGCUUAUCCUCCGAGUACUUGAGAAUGUGCUUCAGCCCAGUUUUCUGCAGAAAAUGACUGUCCUGAACUUAUUGGACAAAUUAUCCCAAGAUCCUCAGAUUAUUAUUGACAUUUUUGUUAAUUAUGAUUGUGAUGUGGAUGCUUCAAACAUAUUUGAAAGGAUAGUCAAUGGUCUUCUAAAAACUGCUUUGGGACCACCUACGGGGUCGACCACAUCUUUGUCUCCAGCACAAGAUAUUACUUUCCGACAUGAAUCUGUGAAUUGCUUGGUCAGCAUCAUUAAGUCAAUGGGAGCAUGGAUGGACCAGCAGAUAAGGCCAGGAGACUUGGAUCUUGUAAAGAGCCCUGAAAGCACCAGCGUAGGAGAGAGUCCGCUAACUCUGAAUGGAGAAGACGGAAAUGUUUCUGAUCUUGAGCUACACCCCGAUGGAAAUUCUGAAUUUUCAGACGCCGCCACAUUAGAGCAGCGUCGGUUAUAUAAAGCUGAGCUUCAGAAAGGUAUAUCACUUUUUAACAGAAAACCUUCCAAGGGUGUUGAAUUCUUGAUAAGCAACAAAAAAAUUGGUAGUUCUCCAGAAGAAGUGGCUCUGUUCCUUAAGAAUACUGGUGGCCUUGACGAGGCCAAGAUUGGUGACUAUUUGGGGGAAAGGGAGGAUUUUUCUCUGAAAGUUAUGCAUGCUUAUGUAGAUUCCUUUAACUUCAAAGGGAUGGACUUUGGUGAAGCUAUACGGUUUUUUCUUCAGGGCUUUAGGUUGCCUGGUGAGGCACAGAAAAUUGAUCGCAUUAUGGAGAAGUUUGCUGAGCGCUUUUGUAAAUGCAGCCCUAGUUCUUUCAGCAGUGCAGAUACAGCCUACGUUCUUGCUUACUCUGUAAUAAUGCUUAAUACAGACGCUCAUAAUAAUAUGGUGAAAGAUAAGAUGACAAAGGCUGAUUUUAUCCGAAACAACCGAGGAAUUGAUGAUGGAAAGGAUUUACCAGAGGAAUAUCUUGGGGCCCUUUAUGAUAAAAUUGUUAGAAACGAAAUUAAGAUGAAGGCUGAUUCUUCUGCACCUCAGGGUAAGCAAGAAAAUAGCUUUAAUAGAUUGCUGGGAUUGGAUGGUAUACUCAAUCUUGUGAACUGGAAGCAAAAUGAGGAAAAAGCAGUGGGUGCAAAUGGGCUUCUCAUUCGGCAUAUUCAGGAGCAGUUCAAAUCAAAUUCACGAAAAUCAGAAUCGGCUUAUCAUGUUGUCACAGACGUGGCUAUAUUGAGGUUUAUGGUGGAAGUAUGUUGGGGUCCUAUGCUGGCUGCAUUCAGUGUAACACUUGACCAGAGUGAUGACAGGGUAGCUACUUCUCAAUCCUUACAGGGAUUUCGACAUGCUGUGCAUAUUACUGCUGUGAUGGGCAUGCAGACUCAAAGGGAUGCUUUUGUUACAUCUGUUGCCAAAUUUACUUAUCUGCAUUGUGCUGGUGAUAUGAAACAGAAAAAUGUUGAUGCUGUCAAGGCAAUAAUAUCGAUUGCUAUUGAAGACGGUGAUCAUCUACAAGAAGCAUGGGAACACAUAUUAACAUGCCUCUCCCGAAUUGAGCAUUUGCAAUUGUUAGGUGAGGGCGCUCCAAGUGAUGCAACCUUCUUCACUUCAGCUAAUUCUGAAACAGAGGAAAGAACACCAAAAACAUUAGCUUUCUCUUCUUUCAAGAAAGGAACUCUCCAGAAUCCAGCCAUGAUGGCUAUCGUUCGUGGGAGUCCAUAUGAUAGUACAAGUGUUGGGGGAAAACCCUCUACAUUGGUAACACCGGAACAGAUAAAUAGUUUCAUCUCUAACUUGAAUCUACUGGAUCAAAUUGGAAACUUUGAAUUGAACCAUGUCUUUGCUCAUAGUCAAGGGUUGAAUGGCGAAGCAAUAGUAGCAUUUGUGAAAGCUCUUUGCAAAGUUUCCAUCUCCGAGUUACAGUCUCCAACAGACCCUCGUGUAUUUGGCCUCACUAAAAUAGUAGAAAUUGCGCAUUAUAAUAUGAACCGCAUUAGAUUAGUAUGGUCUCGCAUAUGGAAUGUUCUAUCCGACUUCUUUGUGUCAGUUGGAUUGUCAGAAAACCUGUCAGUUGCAAUUUUUGCGAUAGAUUCACUACGACAACUUGCAAUGAAAUUUUUGGAGCGCGAGGAGCUGGCUAAUUAUAACUUCCAGAAUGAAUUUCUCAGACCAUUUGUGAUUGUCAUGCAGAAAAGCAACUCAACUGAAAUUAGAGAAUUAAUAGUUCGCUGUAUUUCACAGAUGGUCCUUAGCCGUGUCAGUAAUGUGAAAUCUGGCUGGAAAAGUGUUUUUAUGGUUUUUACAGCUGCGGCAGCUGAUGAGCGGAAGAAUAUUGUAUUGUUAGCCUUUGAGACUAUGGAGAAAAUAGUGCGUGAAUAUUUUCCUUAUAUUACUGAGACGGAAACAACAACCUUCACUGAUUGUGUUGGAUGCCUUUUGACAUUUACGAAUAGCCGGUUCAAUAGUGAUGUUAGCCUCAAUGCAAUUGCAUUUCUUCGUUUCUGUGCAGUCAGACUUGCUGAUGGAGGACUUGUAUGCAAUAAGAAGAGUAGUGCUGAUGGCUCAUCAGUUAUAUUAACAAAUGGUGUUUCUGAUGUACAAGCUCUUACCGAUAACGAUGAUCACGUGUCCUUUUGGAUUCCUUUAUUAUCAGGGUUGUCAAAAUUAACUUCUGAUCCAAGAUCAGCUAUCAAAAAGAGUUCUUUGGAGGUUCUUUUUAACAUUUUGAAGGAUCAUGGUCAUCUAUUUUCACGCACAUUUUGGAAUAGCAUUUUCUGUUCUGUUGUUUUUCCUGUAUAUAAUUCGGUAUGUGGAAAGCGAGACAUGAAUAUAUCAGAGGGUCAUUGUUCAUCUUCAGUAUCUGUGCAUACCGAAGGAGGCACAUGGGAUUCUGAGACUUCUCCGGUAGCAGCAGAAUGUUUAAUAGAUUUAUUUGUCACCUUCUUUGAUAUGGUGAGGUCUCAGCUACCAGGUGUUGUGUCCGUACUGACAGGGUUCAUUAGAAGUCCUGUUCAGGGUCCAGCUAGUACUGGAGUUGCUGGAUUAGUGCGUCUCACAGGUGACCUUGGUAACAGGCUUUCAGAAGAAGAAUGGAAAGAGAUUUUUCUGUGUUUGAAAGAUGCAGCUACAUCAACAGUGCCUGGAUUCAUAAAGGUUUUGAGAACCAUGAGUAAUAUUGAAGUACUUAAAUUUUCACAGUCUUCUGAUCAUGAUUUGACAAAUGAUGAGUUUGAUGACGACAAUCUGCAAACGGCCACAUAUGUUGUCUCAAGAACAAAGAAUCAUAUUGCUAUGCAGCUACUUAUUUUACAGGUUACAACUGAUCUAUACAGAAAACACCAGCAAUCCUUAUCAGCAGACAACAUCAGAGUCCUUAUUGAAUUAUAUUCAUCAGUUGCUUUGCAUGCUCGACAAUUGAACAGAGAGGCAAUCCUGCUGAAAAAGUUGCAAAAAGCUUGCUCUAUCUUGGAAUUAUCUGCCCCGCCCGUGGUUCAUUUUGAAAACGAGGCCUUCCAAAAUCACCUCAACUUUCUACAAAACUUACACGACGAUCAUUAUUUUGUGCACAAGGAGAUAGAUCUAGAACAAGAGUUAGUAAGUGUAUGUGAAAAUGUAUUAGACAUAUAUCUAAAUUGUGCAAGCUCUGUAUCCACAUUUCACAAGUCUGACGCACAGCCAGUGCUACGAAGAAAGCUCCCUCUGAGUUCAACAAAGAAAGAGGAAAUAGCUGCUAGGACAUCUCUAGUCAUCUCAGCACUGCAAGGUUUGGCUGGUCUGGAAAAAGAUUCAUUCCGGAAGUAUGUUCCACGGUUCUUUCAACUAUUGGUUGAUCUUGUGAGGAGUGAACACACCUCUGGAGAAGUUCAGCUUGCCCUGAGUAAUAUGUUCCGUUCAUCUGUAGGCCCCAUUAUAAUGGAAUGAUAAUUGUGACAUAUUUUUUUUAAGGAAGUUGUCGAGUGUUAGUCGACUAAUUCUUUAUAAGUUGAGGCACAGGCCAUUUGUAUAGGCAUAUCUAAAUUUACCCAACAUUGCAGCUAUGGCGUGCUACUUUUGAAUUUUUGUGAUUAUAUGUGCCAUAAUGUAAAUGAUAAAUCUAUCAAAGCAGCAGUACGAGUUAUCACAUAUAAUCUGACACCGUUAUUUAGCCACGAUCUAGUUUUAAACUCUGAAAGGGGAGGGAAAAGGAAGUUGAGGUUGAGGAGGGGCCUUUACUUUUUGUUGUGUACAACUGUAGUAAUAUUACCUUAUUUUUAUAGUUUGAGAAGCAGUUUUGUCAAUGAAGUUGAGAUGGUAAAAAGUUGUGAAAUAUUUAAUUUAAUGUCCUUAGGAGCGGGUUGGAAUAUGCAAUAUUAUAUGUUU